AUGAAAACUUUGAACGUUUUCGUAUUAGUGAUGAUUGAGAUUGGAUUGAUUUCACUAAGGAUUUGUGAACCAUUGGUAGAUGAGAACGCAUUGAACUUCAGAACUGAAUUGGAACCACUUUCAUCAUCACACUUAACAUUAGCAAGAGAUCAAACUGAUCAAGAUGUUAUGAUGAAAUCAGAAAGUGGCGAAAAUGGAUAUCGCGAAAUGGGAAGAGAUGAUAAGUUAUCGACCCAAGUCAAGACGACAAGAACAACAAACGAAGAUUUCAAUGAACCUUUAAUCAUCAAUCCAAACGCAGAUUCAAACUUGUUCAUCUCGGAACAAGACAAGAUUUUAAUUGAAAAAGACCUCAAUUCGGCGCGCAGACAUCAUAGUAAUCCUAUCAAACGAUUGAACAAGAUCUUGAGAAGUUGCUUGUCCCAAAACUCUCGAACUUUAGAAACUCAAAGAGUGGGUAAAGAGUCCUUCAAGGAUGAGAAAGUGGUAUUAUCCGAACAAAAGGCUCAGAAAGAUAUACAACCCAAAGAGGAUGAAAUGAAUCCUGAAGAGAUGAACCUAAAUGAAAGAUUCAAAGAACCAGAGAAACUUGUAGGAUCAGUCAAGGAGAAUAAAACUCUAGAACAAAGAAAGAUUUCAGUAUGGGAAGCCAUUAGGAAUGCCUUAACACUUGAUUUUUAUUUGUUCAAAUUAUUCAAGAAUAUGUGGGCGAAUUGGUUUAAACAUCUUUCAGCUGGAAAGAAGAAACCAACACAUCGAUCAAAAAAGAUACCAAUAACCGAAAAGGUUUUCAAGAAUGAAGAUAUUCAAAACAUUGAUCAUAACAAGGAGGCGACUAAAUUGGAAAAGCUGUCACCAUCUGAUCUCAAAGAGUUCAAAGUUCAAGAAAACUCAAAAGAUGAAGAUUUCCACUCAUCUGAAUUGACUGUGAACAUUAAACCCCCACUCAGUGAAGAAACUAAACAAGACUUUCAAUCUGAAGAAGAACUUGGACCAGCCUUACAGUUCUUAGAACAUAGAUCAUCAUCAUCAUCAAGAAAUGAUGAUUUAAAUCAAGAUGAAAGUGAAAGGGAUGAGUUAAUGCGAUCCAAUAACAUUCAAUUCUUACCACCUUCACCAAGUUUCUCAAUGAGCUCAAAAGAUUUCAAAUCGAUGAUCCAAUCCAAAGAAUUCCAUCCCUAUACCACUUCUCCAAACUUUGAUACAUUUAUUCAUUCUACUGAGAAUCAGAUCGAUUCAGAUGCGACUACUCCUAAAUUUGAACACUUCCAACCAGUGAUCAAUUCUCCAGAGGUGCCUUCGGAGCCUUUAAGCUUAGAAGAUACUUAUGCAUUGAUUCAUCCUACCGAAAAUGAUCCUGAAUCUAGUAGUCCAACUGUGGAAAAGAAAAAAUCACAAACCCAGUUUUCUGAAAUCAUUCCAGACAGUAAUUCCCCCAGGGAAGAACCUACCAUUGAUUCCCCAGAAUGCCUUUCAAGUCCUCACGAAGAUGAAGAUGAAAACUUUGAACCUGUGUAUGAAGCCGAUCAAGGAGAAUGGGAUUACUUAAAGAUCCGUAAACCAAUCCAAUCCACAUCAUCCUCAUCAUCAUCACCAUCCUCUAUCAAUUCAAAAGACGCAAGACAAAAAAGACUUAGGAACUCACUAAGAAGGAAUUAUAGUAAGAACCAAUUCUUAAGGAAAAGUUCAAAAGGAUUAAAAGUUUUAAAGAAAUCUAAAAGUCAAAAAGUUAAUCGAGUAUCAAAUCCUAGUUCAAUUCAUGAUGAUCAACCAAAAUCAGGUCAUGAAGUUAUUGGAGAACCUGAAGUUGAACCUAAACCUACACCUUCAAAGCCAUGGAUGUAUCAAAGAUUAUUGAGUUGGUUUUGA